CUUUAAUUAAGUAGGGUGGAGUUAGGUGCGCGUGCGUACUGCCAAUACUCCGCCCCAAACUGCCAACGUUUAGGGAGAACGGGGUAGACCCUCCUUGUUUGGUAUUACGCGUGCGCACUGGUGGACCAGCCCCAGGAAGACCAUACGCCUGCGCAGUGGAGACUAGGGUGACUGUCUUUGAUGAGGCGCGGACCAAUCAUGGCGGAACCUUGGUUUGGGCAGUACUUGCAGGCUUUGCCCGCAACUGUGGUGGCCGCACUGGGAGCCCUGGGCAGCGAGUUCUUGCGGGAGUGGGAGGCGCAGGACAUGCGCGUGACCCUCUUCAAGCUGCUACUGCUGUGGUUGGUGUUAAGUUUCCUGGGCAUCCAGCUGGCGUGGGGGUUCUACGGGAACACGGUGACCGGGUUGUAUCACCGCCCAGGUCUGGGUGGCCAGAAUGGAUCCACGCCUGAUGGCUCCACACAUUUCCCUUCGUGGGAAAUGGCAGCAAAUGAACUUCUCAAAACCCACAGAGAAUAAGGGAAUGCAGCAGCAGAAAGGUCUCCAGAGGCAUCACUGGGAGAGCUGGAUCCUACACUUUUUUUUUUUUUUUGAGACAAGGUCUCACUGUGUAGUUCAGGCUUGCCUUGAACUCACUGUGUAGCCCAGGCUGGCCUCAAACUCAACAAUCCUCCUGCCUCAGCCUCCCAAGUGGUGGGAUUACAGGUGUGUGCCAGCAUGCUCCUACAGUGUCUUGCUGCUGCUCAGACCCCAAGAAUGACUGCAAGGUGCCCAAAAUUGGGUCAGGGAAUACCCCAGUGCUUACAGGCCUGGGCCUCCAUAGCCUUCAGCCUUGGCUCCGAUAGCCCCAGGUACUGGGCGAUUGAAGAGUUUGCCUCUACCCUAAUCUAGGACUCUUAAGGAGAGAAAACAUAUUUCUUCUCUCUCAGGAGUCAAAGCGCAGGAGAAGCCUUGUGUCGAGGAGGCCCACAGUCCCUUUUCUGUCUUGACUUUUUCCUGUUCUCCCUUCUUAUCCUCCUGGGAUAUGACCACAUACACAUUUGUCUCUCUGAGAGGAAGCCUGAGGUUGAUCAGUUCUGGGAUUUGUAAGGAAAGUCUGUUCUUGCCUAAACCCUGAAUUUCUUUGGUUUUACUUGGUUGUCAGGGAGCCAAGUAAUCUGGCCUGGACUAGGCUUACUCCAUGUUUAUUUAGCCAGCUACUGAAGUAUAAGACAAGUUGUCCUUGCUAGCAUCAUCCAGAUGGAGGCACCAAACAUCCACCUUCCAGACCCAAACAGAGCUCCCCGUAUGAGCCAGGCAAAGGAGAUUAUCAUUUCCCAACUGUCUCAUAUUUCUCUGUCCUCAGGGAAAAGCAAGGUGUCUGAAAGAGACAGAGCCCACUAGCUGAGUCCCUGGGACUCCCACCCCUACUGUUUAAGUGCCCUUGGGGCCUUGGGUCUGUACCCUGCCCCCUCCUAGGGAGGUACGAAGCAGUUAGUGCAAAGUGGCUCCAUCAUGCACCGUAGUCUUACCAUUUCCCAUCUUGUUUUGGAACAGAGUCCUUAUCUUGAGAGCCCACUAGCACUGUCUCAGCCCCUAAGAGCCCUCAACAUGCAAGAGCUACAGGCCAGGCAGCCCUCGACCCUUUGUAAUGGGCAGAAGAUAUUUCAAAGGAGUGGGUGGCAAAUGUCUCCACAGAAACACUGCUUCCUGAAAGCAUUGUGGCCCUAGAUGUACCUCCUCUCUAAUGGCUGUCCUGCUGCCUACCUCUGCUGGGCCAUCUGCUACCUAAGUGUCCAACUGCCUGCUUCUUCGUUAGAUGUCACAUAUCCCCAUCUGGCACCCUUUGCCUUGGCAGAUUGCAGCAGAGGUACACUGGAAGUCCCCAGGCCCACCCACUGACACCACCACAUAGAAUCAAGGGCUCACAUUUUACCCAGGCACAACUGAAAGUAUGGCUUAUUAAACACAGAAGUGCA